UCUCAAUUCUGUGUUACUCUCGCACACAUCCUGGAAUUGAGGCGGUGUCCAUUCGCUGAGUCUUAGUUGGCUCCUGGUGCUCAACAUGCGCUCACUAGCCUUGAAGCGCGGCUUUGUACCACAUGUGGGAAUACUAGAUGCCAAUCAGGAAGGCAUUGUCUCAAAAGUUUCAUUCUCAAAUCGAUAUAUAUAAUGAUCAUCUCCGUCUUCUUUUUCUUUCGAUUUCUCACCAGAUUCACCGAAGUUCAAUCCCCUCCCCCCAACCCAAACUCACCUUCACCGCUAUCAGAAUGCACAUCUCAUUCCCGCCAACGCUGGCUCUCCUCAGCCUCAGCCUUACCCUCUUCACAACGCAAAUAUCCGCCCGCAGUGUACCAGCAAACAUCCAGGCGUUGGUUACCAAUGUGAAGAAGGCGGGGAGUUGUAAGAGUGUUUUGAAGACGGGGUUUUAUGCGAAGGAUGAUCCGCCGAAUACUUUCUCGUACUGUGGCGAUCAUCUUUCCGAAGGUGUUAUUUACCUCCAGGGAAAGAAUGGUGCGUUGGCGGAUAUGGAUAUCGACUGCGACGGUAUCCAAGACGGUCCCGCCGAUGAUGGGCGCUGUGGUAACUCAGGAGACACUCAGGCUCACACCUCGUUCGAAAACACCGUAAAGUCGUACAACAAGGGCGUCUCUGGUCUUGAUGCUUUUAUCCACCCUUACGUCGUCUUUGGAAAUGUUGGGACUGAUCCAGGGUUUGUGAAUUAUGAUCCUAGGAAGAACGGGGUGCGGGAACUGAGUUUGAUGGCCGUUGUUUGUGGUGGGAAGAUGGUGAGUUGCCCUUCUUGCUCUCUCUCCUUCCUCUGGAACGCUCAAUCCAGACCUUCAUAUCAGUGCAUUCCUUCAACUAGUAUAUAUGAAUCUCCCGUUAACACUUCAACCCAGUUCUACGGCGUCUGGGGCGACGAAAACGGCGACGACGGCCCCCGCGCAGUCAUCGGCGAAGCUUCCAUCUCUAUGGCCACACUCUGCUUCGGCACCUCCGUGAACGGUAACAACGGACACGACGAAACAGACGUCCUCUACCUCGCAUUCACAGGCGCAGAUGCUGUUCCAGGCGCCAAUGGAGCGAAAUGGAAUGCUAAGAGCGCUGUGGAGUUCGAAGCUAGUCUUGCUACGCUGGGUGAUAAGCUUGUGAAGAGGAUUGCUGGCGGGGCGACGCCACCCCCAGGGACGACGUUGACGACUACGGCGAAACCUCCGACGGCUACGUGUGCGGCUUGUACUUGGACAGGGCAUUGCGCUGGAGCCAGUUGCGCAACCGCAGAUGACUGUGAUGGCGAUUUGGUGUGUACAGGUGGGACAUGCGGAGGAUGUACGUGGGCUGGGCACUGCCUGUGCGCGAGUUGCUCGACUGGUGAUGAUUGCGCGGAUGACCUUGUCUGUAAAGGGGGAAAGUGCUCGAAGCCGUGAGGAAUUUGCGCUUGGAUACACGGGAGGUCGAACACUGGCUCAGUCAGACCGUGGCCUCAUGAAGCAAAAAGAAGUUCGACUCGGCUAUCACAACGAACGAUGCCAGUCUUUACAAUCUCGCUCCAAAUCAAUUGACAUGCCUCAGCUGUCAACCCCAUGUCGUCCAGUUUGUCCAAUGAUUAUAUUUACCUUAUAUCGUGCACCCGGCGUACCUGAUAGCGCACCUAAGACGCUCCCGUGAGGAAGAUGACGCUUAAGUAUUCCCGAUAUGGCCUAGCGCACGGACCAGGCCGCCUUAAGCGAAUCUUGGCGAGUCUACUAAGCAGAGACUCACCUUCGAACCUCUUUAUUCGACGUGUAUCUUCUUCAAAUUACAAAGUAUUACUAAUCAACUCAUCCUUUGUCAUGAUACCAUAGCAAGAUCUUCUCAGAAAUGAUCUGUCCAGGCCUGCGAAAUAUUCGACCCUGUCAAGUUCUAAUGCCAUGAACAUAACAGCCGCAAAAGUCAUGAUUCGAAUAUCCAUUUUCCGGACCAGUUUCUGCUCCUCAGCCCAUGUCCACCUCUCGUCAGGAUCAAACCGAUGAGUGUUCUCACAUAAACCUGGGGGUCUCUAUUCCUUCAGAGUAUCCGCAUCGUUGAAGACAGAUGGUUGAGUCGCGACUGCGUCGGUAAUAUACGCAACCGCCAGUUUCCGGAACCUGAAUCUUUUUCUUGCUCCUGUAAUAGCUAAGUCCCAGUCUUGAUUUCUGUCUUUACACAGCAGCUUUGUUGUUGCACGACCAUCAUCUUCGCACACAACUUUAAAGUCUGGGAGGACGUUGACCAUGUAUCCCAGACUCGGCAUCCUUGAAGUCGGAGUCUUGCACGGCGUCGGAGGUUCAAGUACUCGAAGACGUCACAGGUACGACGUACUGGCGUCGGGUUUCAAUGAAGCGGCGCAUUUUUAACUCUUUACUUCAUACCAUACCAGAUGAGCGGAGUGUACGCUCUUGUGGAUAGUGAGAUCCAAGCAUUUCAGUGUGCAGCUUUACUCGUGAUUAGUCCGGGUACCAGAGUCAUUUAGACUCAGAUACCUUCUACUAAUACUGUUCUGUUAUGAUAGGUCGUAGGUGCAGUAGUACAAAGAUGUAGCCGUCAACAUUUAGCAAAUAAUAGAAGCUUGCAACUUUGCUGAGAUUCCUUGCGUACUUGCG